UAGGCGGUCUAAGAUGAUAUGCAAAGAUAAAAGAUACAAGUAAUUAAUGAGUAGGUAGGUAUGACCAGCGAUAGCACUGAAAGUCAACAACAAUAAUUUCAACGAAAAUAAGCAGCUGUAAUGCUCUCAAGACUUUAUCUAUGCAAAACAUGGACCCAGCAAUAGUAGCAGAGUUGAAUGAAAAAUACAGAAAUUUAAACAAAGAGGUCUUGAAACUAAAUUUUAAAGGCCGUAAACCAGAACAUAUUUAUGAGCGUCUACCUAAAAUCUAUGCAUCUGGCAGUGAAGCUAAAGAGGCUAACAAACAUGACCAGGCUUACAUUUUUUUCAAAAGAUGGAUAGCUUGUGUGGAUUGGUUAAAGGGACAACAUUUGAACAAGGAAGUGAUAACAAAGUUUUUUUCAAAUGAUAAAGUUGAAGAUGUCAAAAAACUACUACAAGAAGUUUCAAAUAGUAUACAACUUGAAUGUGAGAUAAAACCAAAGGGGCCUCAAAUUAAAGACAGUCAUACAAACAGUGUAAAUGAAAAUUUCAAUGAUUUAGAACUUCGAUUACCAGAAACUCCAAAUGAUGAACCUCAACCCAAGGAAAAUGAUGAAAUCACAUGUGCAGAUUUAUUUAACAUUCUUAAUCAAGGUAUCCGAAGCAGUGAAAAAAGACUGUUGAUAAUAGAUGUAAGGAAAGAAGAAGACUAUUUAGAAUCGAAAAUUCCAUUCCCAGAAAACAUUGUUCACAUUCCUGCGGAAAAAAUUCAACCAAACAAAUCUCCAGAUUUUUAUCGAUACUUGCUGAUAGAUGAUAAUUUAGCACUUGAUCGUUAUGCAAAACGGUCAGCUAAGGAUAUCGAUAUUAUUGUGCUGAUGGAUUCAAAUUCUUCUCUUAAUUCAAUGAAUGUAAAGAGUCCCAUAAGUAUGUUCAAAAAAAGCUUAAAAGAAUGCGAUAAAAAUACAAAAUACAAAAGGAUAGCCAUCUUAAAAGGUGGUUUUGAAGAAUGGAUCAAGACAUAUCCAGCUUUUGUUACAGACCCUGUUAAAAAAGAGCUAUCUCCAACACCUUCAACACCGGAUUCUUCAGUUAGUUCAUUCAAUGCAAGUUACAGCUUUCUCAAUAUUUCUCAAUCACGUGAAGAAACAACCUCUCCUAUUUUAUCAGGAAGACAUCCAACUGGUCCACGAGUUAAAGAUCCAUCAAACGCAAAUUCACAAGUAUCCUCAAGAAGUGAUAAAAGCUCAUCUUCUCUCUACAACCAUCUUCUGGUGCCUUAUCAAAAAGUAUUGGCAUCUUCAACAAUAGCAAAUGGUAAAUAUACGCAUCCGACGACACAGCCAUCUCAGAACAAUAACCCGACAGCACCACCACCUCCAAAUUGUAUAAGUGACAAACAGCUGCUGAUUUCGAACAAUAUGAAAGAAGCAAAAGUUGUAAUAGAGAAGUUAAAACCACAAGUAGAUCGCAGUAAAAAGCCGACUCUUGGUGGAAAACCGACUAUGCCUACAACAAACCAAUUAGAAAAGGAGCUAAGCGAUACACAGUAUUCCAUAUUACAGUAUGAGAAGAAACUACAAAAAGGUAUGCAGAACAAUUGGGCAAGAGAGCAGUUAGAGACUUUGCGAAAGAAAGAGCAGGAAAUUAUGGUGAAAUUGGGGCGAACAAGAAACACCCGAUCGGCUGAUGGAAAUCCUGGCAAACUUUAUCCAGAGUUAAGUCUGUCAAGCAUGACACUAGAACCAAGAACGCGAGCUACACGUUUAUCGAAACUCAAUCUUAGUGAGGAAAAAGAAAAUAUUCCAAAACCACCAAUUAAGGAUAAAAUCGAACCUAUGAUAGUUGAUCCGCAGCCGCCUUUGACUCCGGCACAUAUGGAGGUAGACGAAGAGGAGACUAUUCGCAGGGAACCUCUAAAAUCUGAAAAUGUAUCUAUUAAUCCGGGACUGAAACGCUCACAUUCUAGUCCCAACCUCGUCCUGCAGGUAAAGAAGCUUAAAGCAAACCAUCAAAAUGGGCCGAAAUCAAUACCGGCUGUCAAUAGAUCGUUAAAACCAAAUCUAGUACCUAAAAACGUCAGCAGAACUCGUAUACCUUCAGCUAUAUCAUCGAAGGGUAGAGAACUGCGUUUGGAACCAAUAUUUUCCAGUAUAAAGUUGCAUCCAGGAAUCACAGGCUUAAAAAAUCUGGGCAACUCGUGCUACAUGAAUAGCAUAAUCCAGUGCCUGAGCAACACUGUCUAUCUGGCCAAGUACUUUAACGAUAACAAGUACACGGAUCACCUGAACCGCAACAUCGACAAGGUAGCCAGAGGCUACGUGGCCGAGGAAGUAGCCCAGGUGAUCAAGGCCCUAUGGAGGGGACAGUAUAAGAGCAUAUCGCCAAGAGACCUCAAGAACGUAAUCGGCCAAUACAAAAUGCAGUUCGAGAACUUCGAUCAACAAGACUCUCAUGAAUUUCUUAUGUUUCUUCUCGACUGGAUGCACAAUGAUCUGAAGCAGAAAAUUAAAACUAGGUACGACAGGGCACUGACGAUCGCUGAAACCGAGUGGGAAAAGUCCAUGAAUGGCCAAAGCUCCGUCAUCUCAAAGCUGUUCUUCGGACAGUUGAGGUCGACGAUCGAAUGCCUCUACUGCAAUCAGAACAGCACUACCUACGAGACCUUCAACAGCCUUACCAUGUCCUUGCCCACCACCAACAAGUGCACCUUGGAUGAAUGCGUGAAAAAGUUUGUGAGUGGUCAGCGAGUUUCUGGAUGGAAGUGUCCGAAUUGCAAAGUACCACGCGAAGGUAUGAAGAAGUUCGACAUCGCAAAGUUGCCGCACAUAAUCGUCAUCCACCUCAACCGCUUCGGUGAAACGAGCGGCUGGCUCGAGAAGAAGAAUACCGCCGUUGACUUUCCACUAACAAACUUUAUCAUGAGACAUUACGUUGUCCAGGAUAACGAUAAUUUCAACAACUCCCAGAGCUACAACUACAACCUGUACGCCAUGUCGAACCACUACGGGACCAUGGAAGGAGGACACUACACGGCUUAUUGCAAGAGCAAUCAUCAGAACAAAUGGUAUAAAUACGACGACCACACAGUAAGCGAAGUACAGGCAAACGUAGUGAAGAAUCAGAGCACGAGCGCGUAUCUGUUAUUCUACGCUUUGGCUUCAGCCGAGAACUAUCUGAACAGUUAAUAAGCAUUUCCCUCGCCGGAGGUAUAGGAGAAGAAGACUUGCCGAGCGUUUAACAGAAAAAUGGACUUUGUUGUACGACCGCGUAAACAAUCCGAAAAGCGACUCGAUGUACUUUUUUAAUACACACAUACAUAACUACACGAAAACAAACACAUCACGUAGACCGGCGCAAGUCGCAGUUUCUUCGACGGCGAUUGAUAGGUGUAUGCCGCGUGUAUACCUGUUACUAUUUGAGAGAGCGGACGGAGAAGUGUGAACUCUCCAUUUUUGUUCGUGAACUUUGUUGGAUUGUUUCGAGCGCGGAGAUGUGAAACAUGCGGAGCGAUGCGGAGUGAUGCGAAGUGACGCAGAGAGCGAAUCGUAUCAUCGAAUUUUGAAGUCUAGAACCGACCUGGAAAAUCGGAUAGACGUGAGAAAGAAUAACAUGGGGCCUUAGCAAUUUUGCCAUAUGAGCACGCAACUACUGUCAGUUUUACUUUUGGAACUACCCGAGGGAACAUAGUUAUAUGUGUAUGUAUAUAUAUAUAUAUAUAUAUAUAUAUAUAUAUAUAUAUAUAUAUAUACUAUCAAAGUUUUUAAUAAAAAUAUAUGCUUGACUUUAAAUAUGUACAUAAGCCGUAUACAAGAUUCUUUUAUCUUUUUAAAUUGUUUAUUGGUUCAAUGUUGAUUAACAUUAAUGAAAUUAUUAAUAAACUCAUUUUGUGAUAACACUUUGUUAUAUUAUAUAUAACUGCUUUUCUUGGGACGUAGUUUGAGCUUGUAAUAUUGACAAGUUUAAAACAAAAUAGCAAGAUUCAACUAGAAAACCUAUAUUAGUAAAAUAAGACAAGGAAAUUAAAUUGCUACUUAUUGCAUGCCUAAAAUAAAGAAAAUUACGUUGGUGCUUGUAAUAUUUGUAUAUAUGUAAAUAAGUUAUGAACUUGGCAAAGAAAUGUAUUUUUUGCGCAACUAAAGAGAGCAAAAGAAUAAUUGUUGAUUCUUGUUACGAAAAUAAUAACGAAAAAACAACGUUACUUUACAAUAUGCCUAGAUAGAAUUAUUGUCUAUUGUUCAGUAUUGCAUUUAUUUAUAGGAGUACAAAGGCAUUAAAUUUUAAAAAGCCUUUUUUGUACUGAACUUUUACAUGAUAGAGUUUAAAGGUGUUUUUCGGUUGAGCAACCUGUUCCUGUUUAGAAUUUAAUGCUCAUGUACUUCCAAUUAUUAUCGCAAAUUGUUACAAAUUGUAACUCAAUAUUUUAUGCUAUAUGCUAGAUGCAAUGCUAUUUGAUAUAUAAAAAUAAAAAAGAUUAAUAAAACUCAAAAUAUUUAUUAA